AUGAGGGCGUGGCUCGGUGAUGAAUCAAGUUUAUCACCGAUCCCACCUUCUUCAUCUACUCCUCCAAAGUCACCAACCACUGUAGCUCUCGGUUUCGAGAUCUACCAACUUGGCGGAACCAUUAACAAACGGCCAUCCUCAGCCGUUCGUGUGUUUGACUGUCGGACCCAUACGUGGCGUGAUAAUGCUCCUGAUAUGACGGUCGCAAGAAAAUUCGCCAAGGCUGCUUUUAUAGACGGGAAGAUAUUUGUAACUGGAGGCACAGAGGAUACAAUGAACUGGGUUGAGAUUUUUGACCUCAAGACUCAGACCUGGACGCCUUUGCCUAGCCCUAAUAAUGCUAAGCUAAUCUUUAUGGACGAAAGCUAUACGUUAGAAGUGGCAAUACAAGAGAAAAUAAUCUGGAAAAGGGUUAUGGGUUUGGAAGAGCUGUAUAUAAACCCUCUUAUACGCUACUCCACGGUUAGGUUAGGUAACUAUUGUGGGACACUCAUCAUUCUAUGGGACAAGCCACGGUCACACGAGUUUCCAAUGCCAAUGAGGAGUCGCUGUGUUAGCUGCAAGAGAAUUUGGUAUGCGGUGAUUAGGUUGGAGAAGAGAUUGUCUGGAUUUGAAAUUUUGGGCAAGAUUGAAAGGUCUAAGGUCUUGUGCUGUGUCACUCUUUGA